UUGGCGGUUUCACACAGCUUUCCUGGCACUAUUGUCAUUCACGCACAGCAGAGAUCCGCUUCGGUGUCAGACUCUGGGCCAGAGUUGGUGAGCAAACAGGAUGGGUAACUUUCUCUGAGUGAAUAUUAACAAAGCCAACGGCUCCAUGGGUAACAGCUGCCGGGCAACAACGCUUCACAGAACAGCUCAUAAUGUGUUAACAACGGACAGGAGAAUCCAUCACUUGGCGAUUGGGACAUGUCAGAAAGUUCUUCUGGUGUGAAUACGCUCAGUGGAAGUUUUCCUAAAUCCCACUCAUCCCAGUACUCAGAGCUCGGAGUUACACGUACACCCCUCUCAGUGGACCACAGUCCUGAUUCUGGACUGGUAUCUACACCUCUUCCUUCAAGCCGCUUCCAGUUUGUGCCGUGGCACCGCCUGGAGCAGUGUGAGGUCACCGGCGACCAGCUGACCUGCCCCCGGGUUAGAGAAGGACCAUCAGAGGGGGAGUUUCAUUUCAGAGAAGGAAGAAAUUUCUGUUUGGAAAGAGGGAGGAGGAAGAGGAGAGAGGAGGAAGGUCAGAGCUGGGAGGAGAGACUGCAAGAAAAUUGGGAAAACUGUCUGGAGCUGAAUCUGUCCUACCAAAACUUGGGUGAUCCCUACCAGAGGGAGAACUUUUUCCGCAUCCUCCGGCGGUUGAUCCGUGUGGAGAUACUACAGCUGAUUGACAACUCACUCACCGACCUGAGUUCAGUACGUUUGCCAAGGUGCAAAAUGCUAAACCUGCAUCGCAACCACUUGGUGUGUCUGCGUCAGCUGCCAAAGCUCCCAGCAGUGGAGCACCUCUGUUUGUCGGAGAACGCCAUCAGCUCCCUGCGGGGACUGGGGGCUCUGGAGAGCAGCCCACUGCGCUCCCUUAACCUGACCCGCAACCCAGUGACCUUCAGUCGGGACUACCGUGCACAUGUUUUCUUCUGUUUGCCAAACCUGGAGGUCUUGGACGGCAUUCCCAAGCUCCCAGGAGACUCGCUGCCCCUCCGGGUGAAGGGACCGGAAUCCAGCAGGAUGUGUGUCAUUUUAUGACUCUCUUUGAUGGAGGAUGAAAACCGACUUAUUUCUAGUAUUCACUUUCGGCAACGCGUUUAGCCUGCAAAACAACAACAACAACAAUAACACCAAGGAUGGCCGUCUUUAGUUUGAAGGAAAACCAGCCGGGUGACAUUUUCUACAUUUACUGAGAUUGUCAAAAGCCUCUUGUGAGAGACUUGAUAAUAAUAUGCAAACUUGAACUGUGUUAAUAUUGAGUUUUGCUUAUAUUUUGUAAGUCAGAU